CCCCUCCCCGCCUGUCUCACGCCCUCUCUCUGUGAGCUCCACAGUCACUCAGCUCCUCUCCUCUCCUCCCCUCCCCUCUCUCUGCGGCUGGGAACUGUAUGUGGACCAAAACCUUCAUUGCGUAGCUGCGGACCGGCGCCUGCCCCCCACCCACGCUUUGCCAUGAGCCGCAGAGUGGUACGCCAGAGUAAGUUCCGCCACGUGUUUGGGCAGGCGAUGAAGGCCGACCAGUGUUACGAGGACAUCCGCGUGUCCAAGGUGACGUGGGACAGCUCAUUCUGUGCCGUCAACCCCAAGUUUGUGGCCAUCAUCGUGGAGUCGGGGGGAGGUGGAGCCUUCCUUGUUCUGCAAGUCGCUAAGACUGGCCGCGUGGACAAGAACCACCCACUGGUGUGCGGUCACACAGCUCCCGUACUGGACAUCGACUGGUGCCCUCAUAAUGACAACGUCAUCGCCAGUGGCUCUGAGGACUGCACUGUAAUGGUAUGGCAGAUCCCAGACCACCUGACUCUACGCAACAUCACCGAUCCCAUCGUCGUGUUGGAAGGACAUUCGAAGCGGGUGGGCAUCAUCUCCUGGCAUCCAACUGCACGCAACGUCCUACUGAGCGCAGGCAGCGAUAACAUGAUCAUCAUCUGGAACGUGGGGACCGGAGACCCGCUGAUUACUCUCGACGAGUUGCACACCGACCUGAUCUACAACGUGUGUUGGAAUUACAACGGCAGCCUCAUCUGUACCACCAGCAAGGACAAGAAAGUGCGCAUCAUCGACCCCAGGGAACAGUGUGUAGUCAUUGAGAAGGAGAAGGCUCACGAGGGGGCUCGGCCAAUGAGGGCCAUCUUCCUGGCCGAUGGGAAGGUGUUUACCACCGGCUUCAGCAAGAUGAGCGAGCGGCAGCUGGCGCUGUGGGACCCGAACAACUUUGAUGAACCGAUGGCCCUUCAAGAGAUGGACACCAGCAACGGAGUGCUACUUCCAUUCUACGACGCUGACUCCAGUAUUGUUUACCUGUGUGGAAAGGGUGACAGCAGCAUUCGCUACUUUGAGAUCACACCGGAGUGUCCGUACGUCCACUACAUCAGCACCUUCAGCAGCAAGGAGCCGCAGCGGGGGAUGGGCUUCAUGAUGAGGCGGGGCCUGGACGUCAGCAGGUGUGAGAUAGCAAGGUUUUUCAAAUUACAUGAACGGAAAUGUGAACCUAUUACAAUGACGGUGCCUCGAAAGUCGGACUUGUUUCAAGAUGACCUGUACCCAGACACGCCGGGCCCAGAGGCUGCGCUGGAGGCUGACGAGUGGAUGGGGGGCAAGAACACAAACCCAGUGCUGGUCUCUCUCCGUGACGGUUACAUUCCACCCAAGAACCGUGAGCUGAAGUUCGCCAAGCGCAACUUGCUGGACAACAAACCACCGCUGGGCCCACGGCGCAGUUACUCCACGUGUGAAUCCAACUUCUCUCGGGUGACCAUGGAGGAGCUGCUGGAUGAGGUGAAGUCUCUGAAGGUGAUCGUGCAGUCACAGGAACGACGCAUCUCGGAGCUGGAGAACAAACUGUCCAAGUUCACUAACGGCACGGCCUGAUGCUGCCCCAAGAUACAACUGCAGAUGCUGAAAUCGGAAACUAAUCCGUGAUCGUUGGUGGAUUUCAGCGGCUGGAAACCGCGUUGUCCUUCCACAGAUGCUGCUUGACCCAUCGAGUUCUUCCACCAUUUCUGCAUUUCCUUACAGAUGACGCUUUGAAGGAGUCUGCCUAUUUAAGAACGUUGUUUUUAGCGGUGAGAUAGCAGGAGGGACACGAUACAAUUGCAGCUGACCUAGUUUAGUCAAGUUUAAUUUACAGUUACAGCGCAGAAACAGAACGUGCAAACUCCGAACAGACAGCACCAGUAGUCAGGAUGGAACCCGGGUCCCUGGCAACUCUACCGCUGCUCCACCGUGCCACCACGUUGGUGUUUGGUUGUAGAGUCCGACAACAGGACCAUGGAGAUGAAACGUUGAAUGGAAGAUGAAGGCACGGGAAUAGCUGAAUGAGAUGAAGUGUUUGUUCAACGUGCUUGCCUUACCAAAGGUCACAGAGUCACAGAGAGAUACAGUGUGGAAACAGGCCCUUCAGCCCAACUCGCCCAUACUAGCCAACAUGUCCCAGCCAACAUGUCCCAGCUACACUAGUCACAGAGAGAUACAGUGUGGAAACAGGCCCUUCAGCCCAACUCGCCCAUACUGGCCAACAUGUCCCAGCUACACUACUCCCACCUGCCCACGCUUGGUCCAUAUCCCUCCUGUCCAUUGCCUAUGGUCAAGGAAUGCUCAGUCGCUUGUUAGUUAGUUAGAGAUACAGCACGGGAUCACAUUUACACCAAGCCAAUGAACCUACAAACCUGCACGUCUGUAGAGUGUGGGAGGAAACCGGAGCACCCGGAGAAAACCCACGCAGGUCACGGGGAGAACGUGCAAACUCCGCACAGACAGCGCCCGUAGUCGGGAUGGAACCCGGGUCUCUGGCGCUGUGAGUGCUGUAAGGCAGCAACUCUACCCGCUGGGCCAUGAAGGGCCUUGUCCACCCGAGUGUUUAGUGUGUGUUUAUCCAUCAUCCACUGAGGGUCUGAUAUUCACCUCAAACCUGGAGACCCGUUAACGUCUGGAACAGCACAGGGACAAGUAUGUGUGUGUGUGUGUGUGUGUGUGUGUGUGUGUGUGUGUGUGUGUGUGUGUGUGUGUGUGUGUGUGUGUGUGUGUGUGUGUGUGUGUGUGUGUGUGAGUGUGUGUGUGAGUGUGUGUGUGUGUGUGUGUGUGUGUGUGUGUGUGUGUGUGUGUGUGUGUGUGUGUGUGUGUGUGUGUGUGUGUGUGUGUGUGUGUGUGUGUGUGUGUGUGUGUGUGUGUGUGUGUGUGUGUGUGUGUGUGUGUGUGUGUGUGUGUGUGUGUGUGUGUGUGUGUGUGUGUGUGUGUGUGUGUGUGUGUGUGUGUGUGUGUGUGUGUGUGUGUGUGUGUGUGUGUGUGUGUGUGUGUGUGUGUGUGUGUGUGUGUGUGUGUGUGUGUGUGUGUGAGUGUGUGUGUGUGUGUGUGUGUGUGUGUGUGUGUGUGUGUGUGUGUGUGUGUGUGUGUGUGUGUGUGUGUGUGUGUGUGUGUGUGUGUGUGUGUGUGUGUGUGUGUGUGUGUGUGUGUGCGUGUGUGUGCGUUGUGUGUGUGU